CUCCUCCCCUCUGCGCGCCCUGUGUCUGUGUGUGUGUUUUUCGCCGCCGAUCGUCCCCAAGCCCCUUGGCAUGAGUUAAGCACCAGCUAUGGACACCAAACACUUCCUGCCACUGGAUUUCUCCAACCAAGUCAAUUCCACAUCCCUGAACUCUCCCACGAGCCGGGGGCCCAUGGCCACCCCAUCCCUCCACCCGUCCAUCGGGCCGGGCAUCGGCUCCUCGCUGGGCUCCCCGGGCCAGCUCCACUCGCCCAUCAGCACCCUGAGCUCGCCCAUCAAUGGCAUGGGACCUCCGUUCUCCGUCAUCAGCUCGCCCAUGGGCCCGCACUCAAUGUCCGUCCCCUCCACCCCCAGCCUGGGAUUCGGCACCAGCAGCCCACAGCUCAACUCACCCAUGAACCCCGUCAGCAGCUCAGAAGACAUUAAGCCACCCCUGGGGCUCAACGGAGUCCUCAAAGUGCCAGCACAUCCCUCAGGAACGAUGGCCUCCUUCACCAAGCACAUAUGUGCCAUCUGCGGGGACAGAUCUUCAGGUAAACAUUAUGGGGUUUACAGCUGCGAGGGCUGCAAAGGCUUCUUCAAGCGCACGGUGCGGAAAGACCUCACCUACACUUGCCGCGACAACAAGGACUGCUUGAUCGACAAGCGCCAGCGCAACCGCUGCCAGUACUGCCGCUAUCAGAAGUGUCUCGCGAUGGGGAUGAAGCGAGAAGCCGUCCAGGAGGAGAGGCAGCGGGGAAAGGACCGCAACGAGAACGAGGUGGAGUCGACAAGUAGCGCUAACGAGGACAUGCCCGUGGAAAAGAUCUUGGAAGCUGAACUCGCAGUGGAGCCAAAGACAGAGACGUACAUUGAAGCGAAUAUGGGCUUGACGCCGAGCUCGCCCAACGACCCAGUGACGAACAUAUGCCAGGCAGCAGACAAACAGCUCUUCACCCUGGUGGAGUGGGCCAAGAGGAUCCCCCACUUCUCCGAGCUGCCCCUGGACGACCAGGUCAUCUUGCUCAGAGCAGGGUGGAACGAGCUCCUAAUCGCCUCCUUCUCCCACCGGUCCAUAGCCGUGAAAGACGGGAUCCUCUUAGCCACCGGGCUCCACGUGCACCGGAACAGCGCGCACAGUGCCGGUGUCGGGGCCAUCUUCGACAGAGUACUGACAGAACUCGUGUCAAAAAUGCGAGACAUGCAGAUGGACAAGACAGAGCUAGGCUGCCUGCGAGCCAUUGUCCUCUUCAACCCCGACUCGAAAGGUCUCUCCAACCCGGCUGAAGUGGAGGCGUUACGGGAGAAGGUGUACGCAUCGCUAGAGGCAUACUGCAAACACAAAUACCCCGACCAGCCCGGGAGGUUCGCAAAGCUCUUGCUCCGUCUCCCAGCCCUCCGGUCCAUUGGCCUGAAAUGCCUGGAGCACCUCUUCUUCUUCAAGCUAAUAGGCGACACGCCAAUCGACACCUUCUUGAUGGAAAUGCUGGAAGCGCCCCAUCAAAUGACUUAGAGAACUGCUGCUGGGUCAGUCCCUCGCCCGGCUGGGGUCUCGCGGGACCCCUUCCUCUGCUUUUCCUCCGCCGCUGCCCCAGCCCGUCCCUCCCUCCUCUCCCCAGCGCUGGAGGCACCGUCUGAUCCGGGGCGACCCCCUGCCGUCCUCGCCUCCUCGUCGCCUUCACCCUUGUCCGUUUGCUGUCACUGCUGCAUCUCAAGACCUGCCUCGCUGGUUCCCUGCGCUAGAUGUAGAGAAGUGGGAGCGGAGAGAGCUUGCCACCCACUGCCCUGGCUCGCACCUCUGCCCCGGCCCCCGCUGUGCCAUGAGUUUCGGGGUGAGCCGCUGGCCGGGCUUGGCAUCACCCCGCGUGUAUGCCGCGGCCGACGGUGUUUCCCGUGGGGCAGGAGCGGGGACAGGGACAGUCCCAGCCCUUGGGGCAGUGGGGUUUGGACAAGUCGAGGGGAGUGGUUGAACUCGCCGGAUUGCAGCUGGCUGUUUUCAGAGGAUGGAGUUUUUGAAAAAGAGAAGAAAAAAAAGAAAAAAAAAAAAAAGAAUUCUAUUUUUGGUUUCUAACUAUUAUUAGUAGUCUCGGUAGUUACUUCACGGAGGGAGAGGCGGGCUGGAGAGGCGGCCCAGCCCGUGCCCCGUGAAUGAGUCACCCGUGGCUGCACAGAGCCUUCUCCUUUCAAUUAAAAGCAGAGGAUUUGGGAUUGAGCUGAAUCCCAUCCCCCAAAUAACGAGGUGACUGUUGGCACAGGCAGCCAGGGCACCCUCUCACCCCCUUUGCGGGGGAUCCCGCGGGCGGCAGCACCUGAAAAAAAUCCCCUUUUGCCGUCCCAGAGGGCAGCCGGGCAUCGCUGCUCUUCCCAAAGGUGCCUCUGCGCUCACUCUGGAGCUGCCCACGCAGACACGAGCCGGCUGGAGCACUUGCUUUAAGGCUGCCAGGGACUCAACAUCGCCCUUCCCCAGCUCACAGGGUCUUGCUGGGACCCCCUGCCCUCACCACUCUGCCCAGCAUCCCGGCACAGCCCCACUCGCGAGGCUCGGUCCAGCCCGUCCUGCCAGACCCACGCUUUAUUUCAAGGGCUGUUGCAUUGGAGCAGCAGGAGCUGGCAUGUCCGCAAUGGCUCCUUGAUUUUUUUUUUUUGGUCCUGACCCUGUUUAGUGAGGUUGAAGGGGCAUUUCCAGCCGAUGGGGUGGGCUUGACAAAAACACCCCCUCCGUGCCCGCAUUCCGGGUCCGUAGCACCCCCAGGUACCAGCAGGCGUUUCCC